AUGGCGGGGAAGAAAGGUGGUGACAGUAGCAAGAAGGCGGCUGGCCAAGCUCGAAAGGCCCAGACCGCCGCUGGCAAGGCUGCCGCAGAGGACGCGAAGAAAGCCGCGGAAGAGGCCGCCGAUUGGGAUAGGGGUGCUAAAAAUAAUUCCAAGAAAGAAGCGCAGGAAGCAAAGAAGGCAGAGCAAGCCCGGAAAAAGGCUGAAAAGGAAGCUCUUGCUGCCGAAGAGGAAAAGAGUCUACCGACUCGCCCUGGACCUAAGAAUUCUAAGACAGCUGUUAAAAAAACAAAUCGAAUUCCCGACCUGCCUGAGCUUGAUGAAAUUAACAACAAAGAGCUCCCGACACAAGGAGGGUCUGGAAUCAAUGCUGCCAUAAAUACAUUGGGACUUGUUCUAGGGGAGGAUACUGUAAAGCUUGAUAGACAUGUUGAUAGAAGAGUCGGCGCUGCAUUCAGGGCUUUCAAGGAAAGGCGCGAGAAGGAGAUGAAAGACGAGGGAACUAAAUUGAACUUCAGUCAGAGGCGUGAUCAAAUCAAAGAUGAAUUUGCGAAAAGCAAAGAAAACCCACGUAACAGCACCGCGGGUGUUAGUUAUAAUGCAACAAAGGAAGAGAUCGCUGCAUUAAAGAAAAAGGAAAUGGACCGUAUCGAAGGCCGGUACGAUGACUCUGAAUAG